ACUGCCAAGUUGAAGACCCCAUCGUUGAUGGGCUUCAAUGCAAAAGGAGUGACGACAGUGAAAGCGGACUGACUCCUACGAUAUUAACCUUAUUCCUUACAAAGCACGAAUGACAGGAUCUUUGAGAUUUGAGAAAGAACUCCAAAACAUGUCAUGUCAUCGAUUGUCGUCAAAGAAAGAAUUCAAUCAGCAAUGCUACCGUACCGUACAGGUUGCCAGUAGACUACUAGACAGCAGUCUUAUUCUCAGAAGAAGGCAGAAGAUCAGGGUCCAGCUAUCAACAACCGAAGCUUAUAAUUUGGAUCAGUCAGCUAGCUUAGUCGUCUCUAAGAAAGAAAAUGAUUCGGUAUCCUGCCACCAAGGCUCUGCAGCAACAUGCUGCCAGACAGCGCAUCCCAUGGCGACGAUCAGUCUUUUCCGCUUCUUCGUCGGCAGCCCAUCUUCCUCCACCUCUUCUGGAUUGUGACUUGGACACCAAAAGUCCUUCCUUUCAGGAAGCCAUGGAACGAACCCAUCUCCAAGUCAAAGAACUCAACAGUUGUCUCGAAACUGUGCGUCAAGGAGGUGGACCCAAUGCUGUCGAACGCCAUUUACAACGAAACAAAUUUUUGCCUCGAGAUCGCAUUCAACGACUGGUAGAUCCUGGGACACCCUUGCUGGAAUUGUCACCAUUGGCAGGAUGGGAUGCAAAAGCCAUGCAAACAGACGAACCUAUUCCCAGUGGAGGUAUCGUCACAGCCAUUGGUAUGGUCGCGGGGAAAAUGGCCAUGAUUAUUGCCAAUGAUGCUACUGUCAAGGGGGGUACCUAUUUCCCAAUUACAGUCAAGAAACACUUGAGGGCACAAGAAAUUGCAUUGGAAAACAAACUCCCAUGCAUUUAUCUCGUCGAUAGUGGUGGAGCCUAUUUGCCCAAACAAGCGGAUGUAUUUCCGGACAGGGACCAUUUUGGACGAAUUUUCUUCAAUCAAGCUACCAUGUCCAGUCGCAAUAUUCCACAAAUUGCCGUCGUCUGUGGUUCCUGUACAGCUGGAGGAGCAUACGUCCCCUCCAUGAGUGACGAGACGGUGAUUGUCGAAAAGAAUGGAACCAUCUUUCUGGGAGGACCUCCUUUGGUCAAGGCGGCCACGGGCGAAACCGUCUCGGCCGAAGAUUUGGGGGGAGCACAUGUUCAUACAGGAACAUCUGGUGUCGCAGAUCAUCGAGCUGCCAAUGAAAAAGAAGCAAUGAGGAUUACUCGAGAUAUCAUGGCCAGUUUGGGCACCGGUACUGCCGACAACGCCUCUGCAAUCGCCACCGAGGGAUGGGAGGAACCACGCUUUGACCCAAAAGAAUUGGGUGGUGUCCUACCCAUCGAUCCGAAACAGCCCGUAGACGUCAGAUUGGUGUUGGCCCGUAUUUUGGAUGGAUCUCGAUUCCACGAAUUCAAAUCUAACUUUGGAACAACGCUCGUUACGGGCUUUGGAAAAAUCAUGGGACAGGAUGUAGGAAUCAUUGCCAACAAUGGGAUUCUGUUUUCCGAGAGUGCUCAAAAGGGAGCCCAAUUCGUCCAACUCUGCUGUCAACGAGGCAUUCCCAUCUUGUUUCUGCAAAACAUCACCGGCUUUAUGGUGGGACAAAAAUACGAACAUGAAGGGAUUGCCAAGCACGGAGCCAAGCUUGUCACAGCCGUUUCAACAGCAAAAGUUCCAAAGCUCACUCUUAUACUGGGAGGUAGUUUUGGAGCGGGAAACUAUGGAAUGUGCGGCCGAGCCUUUGGUCCCCGAUUUCUCUACAUGUGGCCCGGAGCUCGCAUUUCCGUUAUGGGUGGAGAACAAGCAGCCAAUGUCUUGUCCACCGUGCAACGCGACAACAUUGAAGCCCGCGGCGGAACCUGGUCCGAGGAAGAAGAGGCUGACUUUCAACGUCCCAUUCUAGAAAAGUACGAAAGUGAGGGAUCGGCCUACUACUCUACGUCCAAACUCUGGGACGACGGAAUCAUCGACCCUGCUGACACAAGGAUGGUUCUGGGAUGCUCUCUUGCCGUUGCUCGACGAGCUGGUUGCGAACCUAACGAAACCAAGUUUGGAGUCUUUCGAAUGUAGAAAGAAAAGACACAAGCUAGCUAGACAGACACACUAAGAAUAGAAACUGGUAUAUGUAUUGU